GCGAGCGAGGAAGCGCGGAGCAGAGGCCCAGCCAGCAGCCGCUCCGCCUCCCAACCCGCAGGGCCCCGACGGCGGAGCCGCGGGUCUCCCGGUGUCCGAGGCCAGGCGCAUGGCGCCCGGGGGAGCACGCUGAGCACGGGGCGCGGCGCCGCGGGCGGCACGAUGGCCCUGGAGCAGGCGCUGCAGGCAGCGCGGCAGGGCGAGCUGGCGGCGCUGGAGUCCCUGCGCGAUGCCGGCCAGCUGGGGCCCUGGCUUCGAGACCCGCUGGACGCGCUGCCCGUGCACCACGCGGCCCGCGCCGGCAAGCUGCACUGUCUGCGCUUCCUGGUGGAGGAGGCCGCCCUGCCCGCCACGGCCCGAGCGCGGAACGGCGCCACCGCGGCCCACGACGCCGCUGCCACCGGUCACCUCGCCUGCCUGCAGUGGCUGCUCUCGCAGGGCGGCUGCAGAGUGCAGGACAAAGACAAUUCUGGUGCCACAGUCCUGCAUCUGGCUGCCCGCUUCGGCCACCCCGAGGUGGUGGACUGGCUGCUGCGUCGCGGCGGUGCGGACCCCACCGCAGCCACAGACACGGGAGCCCUGCCUGUCCACUACGCCGCCGCCAAAGGAGACUUCCCCUCCCUGAGGCUUCUCAUCGGGCACCACCCUGAGGGAGUGAAUGCCCGAAUCAAGAACGGUGCCACGCCCUUGUACCUGGCGUGCCAGGAGGGCCACCUGGAGGUGACGCAGUACCUGGUGCAGGAGUGCGGCGCGGACCCGCACCUGAGCGCCCACGACGGCAUGACUCCGUUGCAUGCUGCGGCACAGAUGGGUCACAGUUCGGUCAUCGUGUGGCUGGUGAGCUGCACCGACGUGAGCUUGUCGGAGCGGGACAAGGACGGCGCCACGGCCAUGCACUUUGCGGCGAGCCGCGGCCACGCCAAAGUGCUCAGCUGGCUCCUGCUGCACGGCGGCGAGAUCUCGGCCGACCUGUGGGGCGGGACCCCACUGCACGACGCCGCCGAGAACGGGGAGCUGGAGUGCUGCCAGAUCCUGGUAGUGAACGGCGCGGAGCUGGACGUCCGCGACCGCGAUGGAUACACAGCCGCCGACCUCUCAGAUUACAACGGCCACAGCCACUGCACCCGCUACCUGCGCACGGUGGAGAACCUGAGCGUGGAGCACCGCGUGCUGUCCAGGGACCCGUCCGCCGAGCUGGAGACCAAGCAGCCCGACUCGGGCAUGUCCUCGCCCAACACCACCAUGUCAGUGCAGCCCCUGAACUUCGACCUCAGCUCGCCCGCCAGCACCCUCUCCAACUACGACUCCUGCUCCUCCAGCCAGUCCAGUGUCAAGGGCCGGCGGCCGCCCCGAGGGCCCCCCAGCACCAGAGCUGCAGACAUACAGAGCUACAUGGACAUGCUGAGCCCGGAGCUGGGCCUGGCCCAGGGCAAGAUGGAGAAAACCACGGCGCCCCCCCCACCGCCCAGCUUCCCUCCGCCACCCCCUCCCCCGGGCACCCAGCUGCCCCCGCCCCCACCGGGCUACCCCGCGCCCAAGCCCCCCGUAGGGCUGCCAGCGGCUGACAUCUACAUGCAGACCAAGAGCAAACUCCGCCACGUGGAGACCCAGGCCUUCGGAAAGGAGCCGAGCGCCGGCGACGGCCACGACGGGCUGCGCAGGCAGGACUCCGGCCGCAAGCCCCGCGCCUUCAGCAAGCAGCCCAGCACGGGGGACUACUACCGCCAGCUGGGCCGCUGUCCCCGGGAGCCGCCGGCCGCUCGCCCGGGCAUGGCGCACAGCGAGGAGGCGGCGCUGAUCCCCGGGAGUCACGUGCACAACGGCUGCGCCGCGGACCCCAAGGCGUCCAGGGAGCUGCCGCCCCCGCCGCCGCCGCCGCCGCCGCCCCUGCCGGAGGGCCUGAGCUCGCCUCCCCCCGCCCCGCCGCUGCCCCUCGAGGGCGCGGGCCCCGGCUGCGGGCAGCGCCGCUCUUCCUCGUCCACCGGCAAAGUGAGAGUCCUGAGGCACAGGAAGAGCACCAAGUCUUUCAACAUGAUGGCCCCGACGGGUGACAACUCGGAGCUUCUGGCUGAGAUCAAGGCUGGCAAGAGUCUGAAGCCCACACCGCAGAGCAAGGGUCUGACCACGGUGUUCUCCGGCAGCGGUCAGCCGGCCUCCCAGCCCGACUCGCCGCUGCCGCCAGCGUCGCCGGCACCCUCUCGGGCCCGCAGCCCCACCCCGCCGGCCGUGGGGCCCCAGCCCCUGCUCAACGGCAGCCUGGCACCCGCGCCGCCCUCCACCCCAGCGCCGGGGGUGCAGCUCGACGUGGAAGCGCUCAUCCCCACGCACGACGAGCAGGGCCGGCCCAUCCCGGAGUGGAAGCGCCAGGUGAUGGUCCGCAAGAUGCAGCUGAAGAUGCAAGAGGAGGAGGAGCAGAGGCGGAAGGAGGAGGAGGAGGAGGCCCGGCUGGCCAGCAUGCCAGCCUGGAGGCGGGACCUCCUGCGGAAGAAGCUGGAAGAGGAGAGGGAGCAGAAGCGUAAAGAGGAGGAGCGGCAGAAGCAGGAGGAGAUGCAGCGCGAAAAAGAGCAAUCAGAGAAGCUGCGAACGCUGGGCUACGACGAGACCAAGCUGGCGCCGUGGCAGCGACAGAUCAUCUUGAAGAAAGGGGACAUCGCUAAGUACUAGAUGCUGCUUUCCUGCCCGCUUCCGCGCGAGCUGGGGGGAGGGGGAGGCAGCCGCCGCCCUCCCCUCCGGUGCUGUAACCCCUCCCUGACCCCCCACUCGGGCCCUCGCAUCCCCAGCGCUGGACCACGCUGGAGCGCGCCCACCGCCGCAGCCGCUGUAGUCACUCCCCCAAAAGUGCCCAAGUCGUUGACGCAAAAGAUGCUGCUUAUUUGCAUGCCUAUUUACAUAUGUUUGCAUGUUCGUUGAAUGUCAACGUGUGCAGAGCUCUUCCCAGCCCCGUAGGUGGUGACUUUGUUUUCCCGGGGGACGUGCACCCGGCUGCAGUCCCCUCCCCCGCACCCCGGAACCGCGUCGCGGGCGCAUCCGCUGGCGCAUCCUGGGCGGAGGCAGGCUCCGGCACUCGGAGAAGGGGUUUUCCUCCCUCCCUGACCUAGAUAGGCGCCCAGCCCGCAUUUCCCAUCCCCGCGGAGGGUUUCCUCUCAGUCAUUUGUUUACCAGAAACGGUGAAAGCUGCCCGUCAGGACGGAGUUGCAGCUCCCGGGGCCCCACCUUCCUCCGGUGAGGAAGCCGGUGCGCUGCCCCGGCCCGGCCCAACUCCUCGGACCCUUUCACGGCCGUGGUAGAGUCGAUGGAGGAUGAGGGGCCCCGAACCUGUCUCCGACUGCUGCCUCCCAGGUCCCCGCGCCCCCGCGCCCCCCCCCCCCGCCGCCGUCUCGCAUCCCCAUUAAAGCUCUCUCAGACGCCUGGGGCUCCCUCCC